UUUUUGAUUGAACUGCAUUUGGAGGUUGACUCAAUCAAGAUGGACGAAGAGCCAGAGAGAGCCAAGCGUUGGGAGGGUGGUUAUGAGCGAACAUGGUAAGGCGAUCACUAAACAUACAUUUAGGAUGAAUAUAGUUAUUGGACUGUGUGUGUUUUUGUAGUUGCUCUUCACCUGCAUUGUGGGAGGCUCGAUUGUCAAAUGUAAAUGUAAAUGUAAAUGUCAACCAAUCAUUAGGGUGUUAUUGUUUGACCCAAGCGAACAUGACCAAAGACGUGACUGAAACAGGAACCAAUUUGCUGCAAUUCAUGAGUGGCCCACAGUGAAUAAAUACACGUGAUUGAGGCUCUUGCUCACUAAUUGGUUGUAUAAUGUACACAUAUGAAUUUGUUUGUGUGUUGGAGACAUGCUUUCUUCAACAUUAUAAAGAACAUUUGAUAAAGAAUGGCAACACUGCCAUGUUAAUCUGAGCCUUGCUGUUGAAAAACCACAUUAGUGUCCGACUUUCGGCUGUCGCAGAUGCACCUCCCCCGACUUCACUCCUCGACUUUGGUCUACAGUUUGCUGCUUUAGCCUUACCACUCAAACGCGGACACUGACUGACUGACUGACUCUGUCCACAUAGGGAGAUCUUGAAGGAGGAUGAGUCUGGAUCUCUCAAAGCCACUGUGGAGGAAAUCCUUUUCCAGGCCAAAAGGAAAAGGGUGUUCGAGAGCCAUGGACAAGUUCGGCUUGGGAUGGUGAGUUGAUCCCUACCCUCUAUUUGCCUUCUCAGUUGCCAUGGUACUUGCUCUGUAAGGUAAUGAUGGGAAUACUACAAUAACACUACAAUGUCAUGUGUUUCAGAUGCGUCACCUGUACGUGGUGAUUGACACCUCUAGAACCAUGGAAGACCAGGACCUGAAACCCAACCGCCUCACCUCUACACUCAAGGUGAGGAAUAGGAAGAGGGGCGAGGAAGAGGAGGAAGAGGGGUGAGGAAGAGGGUGAACGAGGAUGAGGAGGAAGAGGGGCGAGCAAGAGGGUGAACGAGUAUGUGGGGGGUCUGGGAGGAGGAGGAGGAGGAGGAGGAGGAGGAAUCAAAAUACUUGUGAAACAUAUGGAGCUGAAAAAUAUUUAGUGAAUGUUUUCUCUCUCUUCAACCCUGCAGCUGGUGGAAUAUUUCGUAGAGGAAUACUUUGACCAGAACCCCAUCAGUCAGGUAGGCCGUCAUUCCACCAUUCAUUUAGAGUGGGUUUUGUUGGCCCACUGUCAUUCAUUCCUGAGUGUUUGUCUAAGUAAUCAGGCUACAUAAGCAGUCCUCGGAGCCUGGUUCAUCUCUAGGUUUCUUCUCAGGUUCCUGCCUUCUAGGGAGUUUUUCCACUGCAUCUGCGUCGCUUGCUCUUUGAGGGUUUAGGCUGGGUAUCUGUAAAGCACUUUGUGACAACUGCUCAUGUUAAAAAGGGCUUUAUGAAAUACAUUUGAUUGAUUGCUACGUCAGUGAUGGUGUUGUCGUCCUCCUACUAUGGUCUAAUAAGCUAAGAGAACUUAGUCCCUCCUAUGGUCUCCUCCGCUUCAGGUGGGCAUCAUCACCACCAAGAACAAGAGAGCGGAGAAGCUGACUGACCUGGCAGGUGAGUGAGCACCAUGACCCCACCAGGGGUCAGAUGUCAGCCCUGGGUCAUUCUACUAGGUGGCCAAUUUUCCCUAAGCUUAUUCAAUUCAAUAUAAGUGCCGUACAUUUUUGCAUAUUAAAAAAUAGUUUUCAUUUUUAUAGAUGUAUUUUACAUUGUAGGCAUAAGUUUGUGGCGUGCUGGUGUUUUGAGUGUGCGUGUAAGUUAUGUGCUGGUUACAAUUCUGCUAACAGUGGGGUAUUCUAUCCACAGGGAACCCAAAGAAACACAUCGAUGCCCUGAAGAAAGCAAAGGACUCUACAUGUGGGGGGGAACCCUCUCUAUAUAACUCCCUCAACCUGGCCAUGCAGACACUCAAGUAUGCUCCCUGUGCGUGCGUGUUGUGUGUGUGCGUGCGUGCGUGCGUGCGUGCGUGCGUGCGUGCGUGUGUGUGUGUGUGUGUAUCCAUAUACUUUUUUUGGUCCCAAGAUGUAUGAUCCACUUUUCUCUUUUUAAAAUCACCAUCACCCUCUCCUUCUAUCUCUCUCCUCAGACACAUGCCAGGCCACAGCAGCAGGGAAGUCCUCAUCAUCUUCAGCAGCCUCACCACAUGUGACCCGGCUAACAUCUACGAGCUGGUCAAGGUAACAGCAGAUCUGGAUGUCUCCCUCUCUGUCUCUAUCACUUUCUCUUGCUCUCUAUCUGUCUUAUGUUUCUCUCUCACUUUCCCUCUCCCCAGAUGUUUUUCUCUCUGGUGUUUUGUCUCAUGUAGAAACUAGAAACUCUGGUAGUUUCUAUGUGGUCUUUCUCCUGGUGUCUCCCUGAUCUCUCCCUGGUGUCUCCCUGAUCUCUCCCUGGUGUCUCCCUGAUCUCUCCCUGGUGUCUCCCUGAUCUCUCCCUGGUGUCUCCCUGAUCUCUCACUGAUCUCUCCCUGGUGUCUCCCUGAUCUCUUCUCUAAGUCUCACAUUUCACAUCUCUGGUGUUUUCUCUGUUCUCUCUAUAAUAAGACUCUGAAGGCGCUGAAGAUCCGUGUGUCUGUGAUUGGCCUGUCAGCCGAGGUGCGUGUCUGCACCGUGCUCACCAGAGAGACCGGGGGGUCGUACCAUGUGAUCCUGGAUGAGAGCCACUUCAGGGAGCUGCUGUCGUUUCACGUGAAGCCUCCUCCCGCUACCUCCUCCUCUGAGUGCUCCCUCAUACGCAUGGGUCAGACACACACACACAGAGCUUCACCACAUAGACUGGCUCAGUCCUUAGCGCACACACCGUUAUUCCUGAUAUCUCCAGUGUUUCCAUUCUCUCUCUCUCCCUCUGUCUCUCCAGGUUUCCCUCAGCACACCAUAGCCUCUCUAUCAGACCAGGAUGCCAAGCCUUCUUUCAGCCAGGCUCAUCUAGACAGCACUAGUGGUGGUCCCGGUCUGUCUAUGGGAGGGUACUUCUGUCCACAGUGCCAGGCCAAGUACACUGAGCUACCUGUCGAGUGUAAAGUCUGUGGUACGUGGUGUCUAGCUGAGUGUAAAGUAUGUGGUAUGUGGUGUCUAGCUGAGUGUAAAGUCUGUGGUAUGUGGUGUCUAGAUGAGUGUAAAGUGUGUGGUGUCUAGCUGAGUGUAAAGUCUGUGGUACGUGGUGUCUAGCUGAGUGUAAAGUCUGUGGUACGUGGUGUCUAGCUGAGUGUAAAGUCUGUGGUACGUGGUGUCUAGCUGAGUGUAAAGUCUGUGGUACGUGGUGUCUAGCUGAGUGUAAAGUCUGUGGUACGUGGUGUCUAGCUGAGUGUAACGUCUGUGGUGUCUAGCUGAGUGUAACGUCUGGUACAGGUGUCUUAACUGAGUGUACAGUCUGUGGUACGUGGUGUCUAGCUGAGUGUAAAGUCUGUGGUACGUGGUGUCUAGCUGAGUGUAACGUCUGUGGUGUCUAGCUGAGUGUAACGUCUGGUACAGGUGUCUAACUGAGUGUAACGUCUGGUACAGGUAUCUAACUGAGUGUAAAGUCUGUGGUACGUGGUGUCUAGCUGAGUGUAAAGUAUGUGGUAUGUUGUGUCUAGCUGAGUGUAAAGUCUGAUAUGUGGUGUCUAGCUGAGUGUACAGUCUGUGGUACGUGGUGUCUGAGUGUAAAGUCUGUGGUACGUGGUGUCUAGCUGAGUGUAAAGUCUGUGGUACGUGGUGUCUAGCUGAGUGUAACGUCUGUGGUACGUGGUGUCUAACUGAGUGUAAAGUCUAUGGUACGUGGUGUCUAACUGAGUGUAAAGUCUAUGGUACGUGGUGUCUAGCUGAGUGUAACGUCUGUGGUACGUGGUGUCUAACUGAGUGUAAAGUCUAUGGUACGUGGUGUCUAACUGAGUGUAAAGUCUAUGGUACGUGGUGUCUAGCUGAGUGUAAAGUCUGUGGUACGUGGUGUCUAGCUGAGUGUAAAGUCUAUGGUACGUGGUGUCUAGCUGAGUGUAAAGUCUGUGGUGCGUGGUGUCUAGCUGAGUGUAUGUCCCAAUAGUCUGUCCUUCAUCAGUGCAGUCGUUCACUACUUCCCACACAUUCUGAAGCAUUGGUUUGCUGUAGGCAUGGGGGGCUAGAGGGACUUUCAGUAACUUCCUUUCAAAUUGGGAAGUGAACAAGUGCACACUUCUGGAGAAAGGGGAUAUGUUGGGAAGUGUGUACAUAAAUUGAGAUGACCAAUGUAUGUGUGUGACAGAAGUGUGACCUAAAGUGUGUGUGUGUGUGUGUUCUCCAGGACUGACACUUGUCUCCGCUCCUCACCUGGCCCGCUCCUUCCACCACCUCUUCCCCCUGGAGGCCUUCCAGGAGGACCGCCUGGAGCUGCUCCACAGAAAGAGGUUCUGUGAAGCCUGCCAGGGGGAGCUGAAAGACAAAAGUGUGUUCACGUGUCCGUCGUGCAGCAGUGUGUUCUGUGUGGAAUGUGACCUGUUCAUCCACGACACGCUGCACUGCUGCCCCUCCUGCAUCCACAGCCGCAGUGCCCCCUGAGAUGCUCUGCUCAAAAGCACUGCACUAUAUAGGGAAUAUGUAGGAUAUAUAUAUAUAGAGAGAACCUCAGACAAGGACCAAUAUACCUGCACACACUUUUUAAAGAUGUUUACUCAUUUGGAGGGCCUUCAGUGCUUUGGGCCCUUCCUCAAUGUACCUCUGUGGAGUUUUGUGUGGCUAGGAAAUUCAGAAUUGACUUUGGGGUGUAUUGUUUGGAGUUGUCCUGUAUCCAGGCUGAGGACUGACUUUACCUCAAUGAUGGUUGGAGUGAGAUGGAACUGCUGAAACUCUGUUGAGCAUCGAUAUCACCGGCUGGCUAGUGCCUGACAGCUCUGGCGGCAGCAUAGACUGGACCAAACCUUUUCAAUAAACUUCAGCUCUUUGUAGAGAGAUCUUAUUGGAUGUUCUCUUUAUUCAUUUAGACUUGUCUGUCUGUCCCCAUCUCUUAGCCAGAGCCUUCCAAUAAAUGACAGGGUUUACAAUCAAUAUUUUUCAUUCAGUAUUUUAACAAAAUACAGAUUCUUGUCAACAUUUAAUUAUUUUUUUAAAAAGGGCAUCGUCCGAGAUCAAAGUACAUGUGUAAAAAAUAAAUAGCAUGUACCGCAACUCUAUUGAGACAUUCUGAAGCCAAAUCAUUACAGCAUAAAUGCAGCAAGAUCAGCAAAAACACACUCAAAACAAGUGGGCCAACAAAUGCAAUAGAAGGAGCAUCCUCUGAGGUGCAGGACUGUGCUGUUUCUCCUGGGAACAGUAACCAAGACAACGCUUAUGUGGAGGAAAUCUCCUGGGGGUUAUGAUCCCCUAACAAGUGGGGAUAACCACUAUAUUAAAACACUCACAAAUAUUUAUGCUGACAGUAUUGCAAAAUAAAUUCAUCACAAAAGAAAACGACAAACUGAGUCGUAGUCAUGUCUGUUUAAGGUUGAGGUGAGGAUAACUGAUUAACCGAGUCAAUUCGUAUACAUUUGAAAAAAAAAAAGGUUUAGGGUCUUAGCCAUGGGCCGACCUUUGUCUCAGACAGAAGUGUAAUAUCCAGUGUUACCAACACUGCUCAAUGCAGUGAGGAAAUAUUAUUCUUUAAAGGUGAGUCGAGACUGACUAAUCUACAAAUCAUCUUGCAUCAUAAAUAACUACUCAA